UUGAGCACAGUGGAGGACAAAUAUAAGAAAACUGAAAUGGUCCGUAAGUUAUUACUAAAACGACGUAAUGUCGAAUAUGUUUUACAAUACAGUAACGUAACCCCAUUUACAUGGUAUAAGGGGAGAUAUAGAUGCUUUUAUUGUUCAGAACCUAUAAAAGAUCCGGACGUUCUAAGAGAGCAUACCGCGAAGGUUCAUCAGUUUGCGAAUUUGGAGCUCGUUGUGUACGAUAGGACCAAAAAUAAUAGGAAUAGAGAUGCUGCAGUCAAAAUUGAUGUUACCGAUAUCUGUUGUAAGCUCUGCAACAAAAAAAUCAGCAGCCUGGAACAGCUGAUCAAUCAUCUUAUAAUAGCGCACGAUGCAGAAUAUGAUGUCAGUGUUCCGAACUGUCUAUUACCCUUUAAACUCGACAAAGAUCAGCCAACAUGUCCUGUAUGUAAUAUAAAAUUUGUCUUCUUCGAAUAUUUACUUAGACACGCAAAUAAACAUCAUCUAGCCCAUGAUUAUAUUUGUGAUGUGUGUGGAACUAGUUUCCAGGGCGAAAAUCAUUUGAAAAUGCACAAUCGUUACUAUCACAGAGAGGGCGGAUAUACCUGCGACCAGUGUGGUAUAAAUCUAUCAACGUUAUCGAAAAAGAUGCUUCACGAAAAGAAUGUACAUAUGAUCAACUUGUCCACAUGCCCUCAUUGUCCAGAAACAUUCAAAAGUCCGUACUUUAAGAAGCUUCAUUUGGCGAAUGUGCAUGGUGUUGAGGAACUAAAAAUUAAAUGCCCAUAUUGUCCAAAGGUGUUUCCACAAGACAGCAUCAUGUCUCGACACAUGAGACGGGUUCAUUUGCGGGAAAAAAAUGUAGAAUGUCAGAUUUGUGGUGACAGAUUCUUCGGUCCCUAUGACGUGAAGCUGCACAUGUUGAAACACAAUGGUGAUAAAAAGUUUAUUUGCUCUGUAUGCGGGAAGAAGUUUUCUAAAAAGAGCUACUUGAAUUCUCAUAUGGUUAUACAUACUGGGCAAAAGAAAUAUGUUUGUACGGUCUGUGGGAAGGAGUUCGCACAUCGGCCCAAUCUAAGGAUUCACUUCAGGACAAGGCAUCCUCAAUAUGAAUUGGAGCAAGGAGUCAAUAUGGCGGAUGAAGUGGAUGAAAGUGAAUUUCAAAUAAUUUUCGGUUCUGAACUUGACGGUGUAGAUAGGAUCGAAUAA